ACCCAGUCCCAUGGUAUGUUUGAAAAAAGGCUUAAAGCGUUGGCGGCCGACAUUCGCAGAAACAAGAGAAGCGUAUUUAAUGUUUCUCACCGAUCUCUCCGAGGUUGAAGGGUACAUUGAAAGAUUGUCAACACGCUACCAACAGAGGAAUCUCCAGCCGAAACCGCUUCUGAUAGCAGUUGGCCCCAGCAUCAGUUGCUGCUUGAAAUUUCUUGUAUAUUUUCAAGAAACGUAUUAUGAAUUUCGAACAUUUCUGAAGGCGUUAGACAUCUGCUAUAAACUUUUCAAAACGUAUGGAUUGAAUUUCCCGGAAGAAGCUUCUGGACCCUGGAAUUUUUUGGACCAUUGUAUUUAUGAUUUCGAGGUGUAUUCCAUUCCGUGGGAAUCGAAAAUAAUCUCGUUGAAGCAAUAUCUUCGAAAUUAAUUAAAAUGAUUCGUUGCAUUGUAAAAAAUUGUCGGUGGGUGUCGAACACCUUCGAUUUACUUUUAAAUCACGUGAAACGUAUGCAUUACAAUUUAAAUUUAUAUCAAUGUAACUACAGCGAUUGCGAUAGAUCUUUUGGCAAUUUCCGUACUUUUCGAGAUCAUUAUAAAAAACAUUAUGGAUUGCAUUUUGCAUUUGAAAUUAAUAGGAAAAAUUCCAACAUGAUAGAAGAUGUUGAGGGGUGCGGUAACGAAAAGCAUGGCAAAAGCAAUGAAAGAUUUCUUCAAAGUGGAAGGAAUAACAAUACGCAGAAUGAUAAAGAUGUUGAUAUCGAUGAAUUGACAUCACAAAUGCAAAAAGCGAGUAUAAACUUUUAUUUGAAAUGGUCAAGCAAAGAGAGCGUACCCAGAAAACUGGUUUUUGAUUUACAAAAAGAUAUUGAAAGAUUUUUUAUAAAACCAAUGGAGACAACAGUUUUGCGUUUAGCAGAUGGAGGAAACUUAUCUGAAGAUUUAAAGACCACUUUACUGAGGGUUCUGCAAUCCGGAAUUCAGGAGUCGGAAUAUAAGUUUCUCCAGCGACUAAAAGCACUAGAUAUUUACGAAGAUCCCAUCGUGUUCACAAUCAGCAAUCAACUUAAACCUGGAGUAAGGAGCAACGUCCAGAAAAUGGUUUCUGAUCACGCUCAAGGUGUUCUUCUUCCUAUUAAAUUCCAUUUAACAAAGUAUUUGGAAUCUCCUAACAUGAUGGAUUUAAUUCUGCGAUCCAUUACUCCUUCGGAUGAUUCUAUUAUCAGGAAUGUGAUCGACGGCACCGAGUGGAAACAAAAAAUUCAGAGAUUCGAGUCGGGCAUCAUUUUACCUCUAAAUAUUUUCACGGAUGACUUUAACUUGUCCGACACUGCUUCUACUCAUAGUAAAAACACGUCUAUCUGCGGAAUAUAUUACAACAUUCCGUGUCUCCCGACUUAUGUUUUAUCAAAGUUAUCAAACACUUUAACGGCCGGUUUUGUCAAAACUUUAGACAAAAAACAUUUUGAUAUUGACGUGAUUUUUGCGAAACUAAUUGAUGUUCUUGAAGAUUUAGAAAUCAACGGCUUAGAACUGUAUUAA